AUGCUCAUCCUAGCGGAGCACCACCAUUGCCGCGUGCUCAAGGACGCGUGCUUGGAUUUCCUAUCAUCUCAUGGGACUUUGCGCGAGGUGAUGGAACCUGACGGCGGCUAUGGCUUGGAUCACGUGAUCGAGAACUUCCCCUCUCUUACUAAGGAGCUCAUCGGCAAAUUUGCAAUCGUGAUGUCAAACAUUUCUGACAGUUCAAAUGUUUCUAACUACCUCCGCUACUUCCCCAGCGGCGAGACGGCGGAGGCCGCCGACUACGCCGCCGUCUACCUCGACUAUGUCAUCGACAGCUACCCGCCCAAGUCCGUCACCGCCUACUUCCUCCUACGCCUCGUCGACAAGGUCUCCAACGACCUCAUGGACCCGCCGCCCGACGACGACGUGCGCGCCGCCGCGGUGCACGAGUUCAGCGCCGGGCAGAACAGCUGGGGCUACUACGCGUUCUGGAAGAAGGACGAGCUGGAGAGCUCGGGGCGCAUCGUGGACGACGUGCUCACCAUCCGGUGCGACGUCGGCGUCGUCGGCCGGUACGCCACGGCCAAGACGGACGCCGCCGCCGCCGCCGCCUCCGUGGCGUCGUCCGUCCACGUGCCGCCGGCCGACCUGGGGCACCAGCUCGGCGCCCUCCGCUCGCGCGCGGUGGGCGCCGACGUGACGUUCCAGGUCGGCGCCGGCUCCGGCGCGCGACGGUUCGGCGCGCACCGGUGCGUGCUCGCCGCACGGUCGCCGGUGUUCGAGGCGGAGCUGUACGGCCCGAUGGUGGAGCGGGACGCCGGGCGCGUCAUCCGGAUCGACGACAUGGACCCCCAGGUGUUCGACGCGUUGCUCGACUUCAUGUACACCGACGCCCUGCCCGGGAUGAGGAAGCGCGACGCGGUGGCCAUGUCGCAGCAGCUGCUCGUCGCGGCGGACAGGUACGACCUGAAGAGGCUGAGGCUGCUGUGCGAGCAUGAGCUGUGCAAGCACGUGAACAAGGGCACGGUGGCCAGCAUGCUGGCAUUGGUCGAACAGCAACGCCCUAGCUGCCAGGGGCUCAAGAAGGCAUGCUUUGAGUACCUCCGAAAAACACCGAAAGUUCUACGUGAAAUCAUGGCGACGGAAGCGUUCGAUCACCUUGUGAAUGAGUUGUUAUUGUCCAACAAGCUUGCCAUCCGUGAAUGA